UAUUUAAUUUCUAUGCCCCCUUUUUCCCAGAAAGGGACCCAAGGUGGCUCGCAGAUAAAACUGUUUAAAAGAUUUUACAACAAAAUUUAAUUAGUUUUCUGGAAAACCCAUAGCAAAAAGUAAAUAUUUUUAAUGGAGGAUAAGAGAUAGAAACCCAGAAUUAGGUUUCAUAAUUUGAAAAGGGCCUAGAUCCAAUUCGGGCUUUGGGGCCUGAGUAAUGUAAAUAAUGAGCCUAGGGUGUGUGUGGAAUUUGGGGUUUAUCCAUGGGCUCAACCAUUCACAGCUUGAAAAUAUUCCGAAAAGAUCUAAAUUCCAAAAAGCAAAGCUUGAUCAUGCUAUUUUAUAUAAAAGACACCAUUUCACUACACCAUUAUAUAUAGGCCUGGAACCAAACCACAGUGGAUACCAAGGUCCCACUGAAAUGUAGACAAGUACUUCAUCUUCAGAUGUGCCAUGCUAACUCUUAGAGUUACACUGAAAUAGCCACACCACUCCAAUGCAUUCUCUGAAAUACAUUUUUGUUUUAUUUUACUUCCAGAUUGGAAAAUAUACAAUGCAAAAAUAGCUGUAACCAAAUGUAGCUACAGACAGAGUGUUAACUGGGGCUACUCACAAGGAUUAUAGAACUGACAUAGAUCCUCAGGAGCAGCCCUUCUUUCAGUACCACUACCUUCACAGUUAUCUUCUUGUUAGUCUCAAAGGUGCUACAAAAUCUCUCUACGAUCUGAAUCAGAGUGAUGGAGAUGGAGACCUGAGGGUGACACACUCUGGACCCCAGACUGGCGAAGGAAAAACAAAAAUGCAAUGAGUAGAGAUAAGAAAAAAGGACAAUCACCAACUUCAAAGCUUGCAAAGAACAAUCUGUGUUCCCAAGUCAGAAGAUCAACACCAUGGAUAGGAAUACAGUUCCUCAACAAGCAAAAGACAACCUGUCAUUCAUGGAUAAAAGCCUUGGGCCACAUUCGGUGAAGAAAAUCCCUCUCUGUAUUUCAAAGCUAAAGAUCUUUCUUGUAUCACUGGCAUUUUCCUAUUUUGCCAAAGGUUUUUCGGGAAGCUACAUGAAGAGUAUGAUGACUCAGAUCGAAAGGAGAUUUGAAAUCUCAUCAUCUGUGACUGGUCUGAUUGAUGGAAGCUUUGAGAUAGGAAACCUAUUUGUAUUGGUGCUGGUGAGCUACCUUGGACCAAAGGUUCAUCGUCCAAAGGUCAUUGCUGUUGGGUGCUUCAUCAUGUCCAUUGGAGCAUUUCUGUCAGUGAUACCUCAUUUCAUAAUGGGUCGUUAUAAUUACAAAAGCAUUGCCAUUUCAACGGCCAAUUCUUCUGCAAGUGUUUCAGCCUGCUCACCAGCAUCUCCUCUUCACUAUGCUACAGAUGACAAGGGAAAAUCAGGAAAUUCAGCUGCUCUUGAAUGUGAAAAAGGAGAAGGUUCUCAUUUCUGGGUCUUUGUGCUGGCUGGUAAUCUUCUACGUGGAAUAGGCGAAGCACCUAUUAUGCCCUUGGGAAUGUCUUACAUUGAUGAUUUUGCCACGGAAGAAAACUCUGCUUUUUAUAUUGGAACAGUAAGAUCAUGUGGGCUGUUUGGACCAACCUUUGGUUUCCUGCUUGGAUCUUUUUGUGCCAACAUGUGGGUAGACAUUGGAAUGGUAAAUCCUGAAACUUUGACAAUUAAUUCCAAGGAUAUGCGUUGGGUUGGAGCCUGGUGGAUUGGAUUACUGAUAGGAGGAGGAGUCAGCUUUGUAGCCUCCUUGCCUUUCUGGUUCCUCCCUUACUCUUUACCAAAAGAAGGACAGAUCAUUAAGAAGUCAAGUGAUGUGUUCACAAUCACCAAAGAUGGCAAAACAGAACCAACAAAACCAAGACCACAAGUGAAGAUCUCAGAGGCAGCAAAAGAGUUUUUCCCUGCUUUGAAGAAGCUACUUGGGAACUCCAUCUUCCUGGUCUUUUUGCUCCUCAAUAUCUUGCAGUUCAAUUCUCUGAUUGGCAUGAUAACAUAUGAGCCAAAGUUUAUGGAACAGCAAUUUAACAUUUCUAUUUCAAGGGCCAUUUUUUUAAUUGGUGUGAUACUUGUACCUGUUACCACUGUGGGAAUGUUCCUGGGAGGUUUCCUCAUCAAGAAGUUGAAGUUACAUGCCACAGCAAUGGCAAAGUUUGCCUGCAUCACCUUUCUGGCAUCCUAUCUACUAAACCUCUUUUACUUUGCAUCUAAUUGCCAGGUGCUUCAAGUGGCCGGCCUGACUGUCAACUAUUCCGGUGUUGAAGAACCAUCUUUUGCUCAGGUAAAAUCAUUGCCUGUCUGCAAUGCAGACUGCAGCUGUGAAGAUAAUCACUGGGAUCCUGUCUGUGGAAGCAAUGGUAUUACAUACAUGAGCGCAUGUUUAGCUGGCUGCAGAGCUUCAGAAGGACGUGGGAAAGAUAUGGUAUUCCACAACUGCAGUUGUGUGGGAGAAUCAGGAUUCAGUAAUCUCUCUGCAGUUUUGGGCCAAUGCUCAAGAGAUUCUUGCACUAAAAACCUGCCUUAUUUUCUACUUUUGCUGUCUGUAUUAUCAUUUGUUUUAGCCCUGGGAGGAACACCAUUGUACAUGCUCAUAUUCAGAACAGUGUCACCAGAAUUAAAAUCUUUUGCUGUUGGUAUUGAAACUUUGUGUGGGAGGAUAUUUGGGGGACUUCCUGCACCAAUUUACUAUGGUGCAUUGAUUGAUCUAACUUGCUUGAAAUGGAGUGUGAAAACCUGUGGAGGGCCAGGGUCCUGCAGGUUGUAUGAUACUCAAGCUUUUAGAAAUGUUUAUCUUGGACUCAAUGCUGCACUCAGAUUGGGAUGCUGCAUCUUAUAUAUCACUCUCUACAUUUUAAUGAUGAAGCGAUUCAGGCAUGACAAAAAAGAGGGAAAUACCAGUGGAAUGCCUGAGGUGCUCUCUGUAAAUUUAUCAACAAAUGGCUCUAAGAAAGAAGAUAAUUCUUCUGGGAUGAUCUCAGUCCAUGAAGACACACACUUGUGAAAAAUGGCCACUAAUGGAUCAGACAUGUGGCUGCUGCUAGUGCUUUCAGCAUCAAACUUUGUGUGUAUGUGAUUCUAUGUGUGUAUAGUUCCUGACCAUGCCAAAUCCCAUGCUGACAAUCCAGGCUACAUAUAUAUAUACCAGCCAAGUCAGAUCUCUGGGAAUAACAUCUGACAGGUUUGUAUGAGAAACCUGUGGUGGUGGACAUUUUAGUGGACUUUGCUAAAUCAGCACUUCUGAAAGCGUCUGCAGGCCAGACCCCUUUUGUACUCUGGAUUCUUCUUGUUGACAGACUGUGGCAGAUGUGUCUGGAGAAAAAAUGCACACAUUAGAAAACUUUGCAUAGACAAAAAAUAGAUUUCGACGGUGCACCAACAACAUGCAAAAGAAAAAUGUGUCCAAAUCAUGCAUAUAGUUUGAAGCAUGUAUUGUGCACAGUUGUGGGGGACGUGGUUGUUUGCUUUUCUAAUGAGAAUCCAAAACUGGUUUUUGGUGAGGGGAGAUUUGCCUGGUGAGCAAAAAAGUCUCCCUUCCACAUGCCACUAAGAGGACCAUAAGCUUGAUAUCUGUGUCUUUUCUAAGUUGACCAAUCUUUGAAUGCUGAACCCUUACUAGAACAUGUCUCCCCAAGAAAUGCACACUCUGAAAAGCCAAUGCCCUUCUAGAGAAAUCUGCUUUGCAGGUACCACAAAUUUACUGGUGCAAACGACACCAAAAAAACCCAAAACAAAAACUAGGCAAGCAGAGCAGCAGCAUGAAACAAACCUGUUUCAUAGCCAUCUGUGCAAUUCCAAGCCCAGUUUUCCUCAAAGCCUUCAAUAUCACUUGUCAGAUAUCACUACCUAUAAUAAACAUAAUGAACCAUUUCCCUAUUCUAGACUUCAGUCAUCUCCCACAGCUAGAAAUCAUCAGAAAAAUCCUGAUAAUCCCAGUUCUAUCCCAUUAUCAGUCAGUUUCCACCCAUUGUCUAAAAUGCUCCCACCCGCAGCCAGGCACAGACUGGACAUGGAAAAAAUGGGAAGCAGCCAGUAGUGGAGACUUUAGGGACAUGUCAGUCCCUAUGCAUCAGUUAUUGACUUUACAAGGAGGCAGGGAGAAAAAAGGAGAUCUGAAUCAGCUGAAGGUUGCCUUCUUCCAGGUUCUAAAUAAAUUAUUGGUACUCUUAUCCAAGGGAAUAAGAUGCAGUGGCUAUAGAAUGGGUGGAUGCAUAGUGUCUGCAGACCCUAACCAUAGCAUCUGUUUAAUUCGUUCAGUUUCUUGAGCCAGGCACAUGUAUAACCUAUAGGACAAUGAAGAAAUCUUUAAGGACACAUAAGACCAACAAGUAUGAAACAUCUUUUCUCAUAAAGGUUGAUGCAAGACCAAAAAAAAAAACAUGAUUUCAAAACAAUUCCUGAAAUUAUUACUCUAAAUAGCUAGUGAUGAUAAAGUUGUGUACAAAGCUAGGGAAAAUAUGUCUUUAGAUUUCAUUUCCCUGAAUUUCCCAGGGUGGCAGUGAAGUUGUUUAAUCAAGGAAUAUUUCCAGCCUCUUGUUGUGUGCAGCUGGGCUCUUUCUUUCUCAGGAGUCUUCCCGCCCCUGUGUCUUAAGCAUUUACUGACAACCUAUGGUGUGUUUUUAUCAGUUCUCUGGAGAACCUCUGCGAAUGUGGGUUGCUUGUUUUUGUCAAUGGAGAACUCAUGGGGGAAAUGGAUGCCCAAUAUAGUGAGUUGUGGGGUGGUGGUGGUGGUGGCACAAACAAGUUCACGUGAAUUCAAAAGCACAUGAGCACCUUAUGAGCACUGAAAAGCCAUGACUGGUAUCUACCUAGUAGAUAGAUCUACUAGAUGCAGAGUCACACCCUCUCAGUCCAAGAAAACCUUUUGAUAGCAUGCCAUAAGGUGGAAAUGACUUGGCACACAACAACAAUAAAAACAAAGAUGCAGGGACAGAUAAUACAUUCAAAAAUAUUCAACAUAUGGUAAAGAAAUUGUGUUGGGAAACCCUGAUGAGAAGAAACACGGGCUGAUCAGAAACUUUGUAGCUGGGACUUUUUCUGUACAAAAUUUACUGUAUAUUUUAUUUUAUUUUGCACAGAAAUAUUAUCUUCUGCACAAAGCAAGAUAGUGUUUUCUGUCUGUGUGUGUGCGCGCGCACACAGAGACUUUGCACAGAAUAAGUCCUGAACUGGAUUUCAAAAACUGCAAUUUUCAAAGAUUUUCUUGCAGGAGGAAGAACAUUGAUAAAAUGACCCACUACUUCCUUCAAGAACAAAAUUGGCAAAGAAUUACAUCCCCAGGCAGAGAUGCAUUCUGCCAUUCCCACCACUUUUCUGCAUAGAUUGCCUGAGAAUUUGACAUCCAACUGCUGAGUUCUCCCUUCCUCUCCAUCAGUUAGUAAAUUCAAUAGGCACAGGUGACUGAUGGCUCCUACGUCAGGUUGUUGUUGUUGUUGUGUGCCUUCAAGUUGUUUCCCACUUAUGGCGGCCCUAAGGAGAGCCUAUCAUAGGGAUUUCUUGGCAAGAUUUGUUCAGAUGAAGUUUGGCAUUGCCUUCCCUGAGGCUGAGAGCAUGUGAUUUGCCAAAGUUUCAUGGCUGAAUGAGGAAUCAGACCCUGGUCUCUAGAUUUGUAGUCCAACACUCAAAGCACCAUGCCACACUGGCUCUUGAAUUUGCUCCAGAUUAUAAUCUGUAUUUUAAAGGCAUUCUCUGUAACUUGCCUUGAUCUCUGGAAAGGCGGGCUAUAAAUAAAUAAAUAUAUUAUUAUUAUUA